GACUACAUUCCACUUAAAACUUUAAAUUAUAGUUUAUAAAAUGCGUAAUUUUCUCUUCUGAUAUUAUCAUAUUAGUAAUCUAUAAGCUAUGAGAUGAAUUUCAAUAGUAAGCAUCACCAUAUGUUUGAUAACAAAUUUCAACAGUGCCAAGGAUGUCACGAAAGGCAUUCCUUAUGCUUUUCUCUUUUAUCAAAGAAAGAUAUCGUAUCUAUUUAGCUUAUUUACGCAAACAGUGAACUUGGCAUAAUUGAAUUGGGGGUAGCCGCAUACGUACUUGUGUUUAGACACCCCGAUUUUUACUCGGUGAUAGUAUUUUCAUCGAUGCACACCUUCUUAUCAUGAAUGCUUUACUGGACAUAAAUAUAUGAUUAUCUCGUUUCGACUGAUUCAGUUGGAAUUCUAUCCAAUGUUAAUAUCGAGAGCUCUUUUCCUAUUCUGUUUCAUUGGCAACUGCACGAAAACCGACUAAAUGUGAUAUGACCCCCUUACGAAAGUAUGUAUGUGUUUCUGAAAGUGUACUUCUAUAUGUUGUACCACAAGCAGCUGAAUUUAUAUUUUUUUAUCUACUGUAUCUUGCAAUCAUACUUCUUUAGUUUCCCUUUUUUUCUGAUGAACGGACAUUAUCUUAGCUCAUUAAUUUCAACUCUGUAAGACGUUAUAUGCUUGUUGAAUUAUUUACAGGUAGUGUGGUAUGCCACUUUUUAUCUAUUUUACUAGGGAAAAUGAACUGAAGGUUGGUUUCAUAAUUGGUUCUUCCUGAAGUUGUUACAACUCAUAUGCGUUUCAAAAAUCACCAUUUGUUGUAUUAUUAUAUCCUAUGAAAGAUAACAAGAAAAUACUCAAGACUGUGCGUUUUUUUCCUUACAUGAACGCCACAAUUUAGAAAUGCGUGGGUAACGUGCAACUUGUAUUAAUCCCAUAUUACUGUUAUGUCCCAAAUGCCUUAUGAAUCAGUUUCCUCAAAGUCAAGUAUCCGGAAACAAAAUACGUGGUGAGCUUCUAGAAAAGCUGUAAACCCGUUACUAAGGAGCCGAAGAGAUGUUGACUUUUCCUCAACUGGACACAUUGCGUGUUUGUGUUUAGGAAAACCUUUACUUAUCAGAAUUCUAAAUGCAAAUAAAAGGCAAAACAUUUUAUCCUUGAUGGCAAUACACCCUCUCCUUUUAGGGUCGUGCAUUAUUAUUAUUUUAUUUCUGGUCUCUAUCACAUGUUGAUUUUUAUCUACUUAUUUUUUUAGUUGCGUCCUUACAUAUUUUUUUCACUCUUCGUUUUCGGUACAGGUUUCGUCUAAAUAUAUAUAUGAUUAUAAUUGCGCUCCCUCCCUUAUUUUAUUUUCGCACUGUUGAUCAUUAGUUUAUUUAACUAUAUUUAAGUAUUUUCCCCCUCGUUUAAAAUAAAAAAAACUAAUAACAACCAUAACACACUAAUGCACUCAUCGGAAGGUGCCAGCCUUUUGCGGCACAAUAUUGUUUGUAGCAUUUUGUCAAAGAAGCCGUUACAUAUUACCAACAUUAAUAGCGAUAAGGACCCGAUAGGGAUCCAAAUGUAUGAGGCCAAUUUCUUAAAAUUCAUUGACCGAGUCACCAGUGGCUCGAGCUUUCAGACCCAGGACCACAAUACGUCCCUGGUCUUCACCCCGGGGAUGAUUCUGGGUGGGGUCUUUUCGCACGAGGUCCCUUCCCCCCGUUGUGUUACCUACCUCCUUGAGGUCGCCGUCCUGUUGUUGCCAUUCGCGAAGUUCGAUUCCCGUAUCACUUUCGUGGGUGCAACACAGGGGGCGCUCGACCUCUCCGUGGACACCUUUCGCACCGUCACCACCCGUUGGCUUCAGCUCUUUGGCCUGCAGUGCGGCAUUCGCACCAUUUCCAGAGGGGCCACACCGGGCGGGGGAGGGGCUGUCAUCCUCGAGGUGAAGGCUCUGCGAAAGAUCAGCUACGCCGUGAGUGAGUCCCGCGGAAGGGUGCGGCGUAUACGCGGGAUUGCCUUUGGCUGCCGAACCGCACCCGACCUCCCGCAGCGCUCCGCGACGACGGCGAAAGGGUUUUUGCUGAAUUUGAUCCCGGACGUUUACAUCGUCACGGACGUGGACGCGGGCGGCUCCAGACGGAACGAAAGCAGCAGCGGGUACGGUGUGAUGCUUGUCGCCGAGACAACCGCCGACCGCUGCCUUCUUUCCCAGGAAACCGUUGCCCACGCUGGCGAGGCACCAGAGGAAGUUGGACGGCGUGCGGCUGAGUUACUUUGUGAUCAAAUCUACGAAGGUGGCUGUGUGGACGGGCAUCACCAGAUGAUGGUGUUGCUGCUGAUGGCUGUCGCCUCUAGUGAUGCACCAUCUUCUAUGCGGUUUGGCAAACUCACACCAGGGGCCGUUUCGAUAAUGGUUCUGAUCCAGUCUUACUUUGGCGUGACGUUUGGCCAAAGAGAGGAGGAGUCUUUUGCAGGAAGUAAAUUCCCUCCAACUAACUUAAUUACGUGCUUCGGUUCAGACCUUGUGAAUGUCUGGAAGAGGUCGAGCUGAGUGCUCUUUAAAGGGAAAGCUGCAUUUCCUGCCCAUCUGCUAGUUCUAAUAACACAA